AUGUCUCGUCCAACCGCAAAAAGAUGUUGGACCGCACGAACGCGACCGAGCACGACGACGAGCUCUUCUGCAGGUCCUGUUACGGCAAGAAAUUUUGGACCCAAAGGUUACGGUUACGGUGGCGGUGGAGCUGGAGUCCUUUCUAUGGACGACGGAACCGGAUACAUUAACGGACCCCCAACAUCGAAUAUCCCGCAAUUGGCACAAGCUCACGUAGCCCCACUUCUGGCGAAUGGAGGAGUCAACGUCAAACAGACGAACGGAAACGUAUACAGCAAAUUCGGCUCGAGGAUCGACUGUCGCCGAUGUGGCAAAGUGGUUUUAAUGGCGGAGAAAAUGAUGGGCGGAGGUUCCUGUUGGCACAAGAGUUGCUUUACCUGCCUGUCGUGCAACAAGCGACUCGAAUCGACGUCGCUGUGUGAACGCGAAGGCGAAAUUUACUGCAAAAGCUGUUAUGGCAAACAGUUUGGACCUAAAGGCUAUGGGUUCGGACUAGGAGCCGGACUCUUGCAAAUGUCUGAAUAGCUAUUUUCCCUUUUUCUUCUUCUGGGGGUGGAACGGACGUGCAGAUUCGAAUGAGAAACUUUAAAGAACUGGUUCCAGUUUGAAAUACCCCCUUUUAUCAAAUCCCCCCCCCCCCCACCGAGACGUGGUACGGAAGGCCUCCCAAAUGGCUGACGUCUUGUGUGUGUGUGUGUAUGUUGCAGACAAA